AGGCCAGGACUACCAGGCCCCCCAGGUGUCCCCUAUGUGGAGGGCAAUGGGAUGAGCAGUCUGUACAAACUGCAGAGUGGAGGAGCCAUCUCAGGACCCCCUGGAGCACCAGGUGCACAAGGCCCCAAAGGAGACGAGGGAAGAGUGGGAGAUCCCGGAUCCAUGGGUUUACCUGGACUAGAAGGACUACCUGGAGCCAAGGGUGAUCUGGGGAUACCUGGAGCCCCUGGAAUACCUGGCCCUUCAGGGAAACCUGGAGCUCGUGGUGAUUCGGGGAUCCCUGGGGAACCGGGUGAGAGGGGCCCGCUGGGGGAGACAGGAUUCCCAGGACCUGAGGGACCCCAAGGUGCUCCUGGGAGGCCCGGGAAAGAUGGACUUCCUGGGUACGAGGGAGCCACAGGUAGACUAGGAGACAGAGGAUCCAAGGGAGAACGGGGGGACCCGGGGAUACCUGGAGCGAGGGGAGUCCAAGGAGAGAGGGGAAGGACAGGAGACCCAGGAAUAGUGGGACCUAUUGGGCCCCAAGGCCACCGAGGAGACCCUGGCCCCCCAGGUCCCAUAGCAUCACCAAGCCCUCUGAAUGAUGCCAACUCCAUGGAGGAAAUUAAAAUGUUUAUCCGGAAUGAAGUAUUGCGGUUGUUUGAAGAGAGACUAUCAAGCCAUGCCAUGCAGAAGACGCCGGCGGCCAUUUUAGCAGCGCAGGUUCGACAGGGUUCUCCCGGUCCCCCUGGCAACGAUGGAUCCCCAGGGUCUCCAGGGGAAGAAGGCCCCCCCGGCCCUCAAGGGUACAGAGGUCAGAAAGGAGAGAGGGGUCAGCUAGGUCUGGGGAUACCAGGAGCUCCAGGUCUGGCAGGACCACCAGGUGAACCUGGAAGCAGUAUCCAGGGGCCAUCGGGCCCUUCAGGUCCCCAGGGAUCUCAUGGUAAAUGUGAUCCCAGUGACUGUCUCCAUCCAUCCUCUCACUCCCAGACGGAACGGCUAGGGCCCCCUCAACUGAUAGGGGACCCUUCAAUGAAUAAGGGCCCUCUCAAUGGCUAG